AUGCUUAAAUUGAAUGUAGACGGACAUGUGUUUCCUGGUCCUUGUCAUCCUUAUGGCCUCGUUAAAUUAGGUUUUGAUACUGAUGAUACUUAUGAAUUUAAUGCAGGAUACACUAUUGAUGGAAAGAUUACAGGAAUUUCUCACUUGCAUGUCAGUGGGACAGGAGGUGAACCAAAAUAUGGUGUGAUAAGUCAAUUCCCCACGAUAGAUUCACCUGAAGAUCCACUUGAUUUAACCAAUUUUAGCUCUGAACGUUCUUUUGAACAUUUUGAAGUUGGUUAUUCAAAAUUUGGAUUAAAACGUUAUAAUAUCACAGUCGAAUUAACAGCUAGUCGAAGAGCAGGUCUUCAUCGAUAUACUUUUCCACCAACCGAAAAUAAAGCUAAAGUUAUUAUUGAUUUGCCUCAUAAUCUUGUUGUAUAUCACUAUGGCUUCACUCAUCAGUACCAUGGAGGAUCAAUCCAAUAUAUCUCACCUAAUCAAAUAAAAGGUGCUGCUCGUUAUAGUGGCGGUUGGAAUAGAGGUGGUAUUUAUACUGUCUACUUCUGUUCAAAAUUUGAUACCAACGCCACUGAAUUUACAGACUGGGAGGGUAAAACUUUUCAAGACUUUGAUGGAACAGAUGAUUUUGGCGAAAAGGCUAAUGGUACUGCUUUAACGUUCAAUGUUACUGAAAAUCCGGUGAUAAUAUCAAGAGUUGGAAUUUCAUUUAUUUCAGCUGAUCAAGCUUGCAAUAGUGUUGAAAGUGAAAUUCCAGAUUGGGAUUUUGAAAGGACUAAACAUGAAGCUGUAAAGGCUUGGCAAACGGAGUUAGGAAAGAUUCAAGUUGAAGGAGGUACUGAUGAGUUAAAAACUAUUUUUUAUAGUAGCUUAUAUAGAACCAUGAUAAUUCCUAGUGAUAGAACGACGAACCCAUUAUUCACGCUUUUUCAACAAGAACGAGCUGUAGAUAUUGCUAGAUCAUUAAUUGACAUAUAUAAAAAUGAAGGAUAUAUGCCUGAUGGAAGAAGUGGAUUAUCGAAUGGGAUUACGCAAGGUGGUUCUAAUGGUGAUAUGGUUGUGGCUGAAACUUAUUUAAAAAAAUUGGGCAGAGAUAUAAUAGAUUGGGAACUUGCUUACGAAGCUUUAAUAAAGGACGCUGAAGUAGAUCCCGGUUCACGCGGAUUAUUUGAGGGUCGAUUAUUUUUAUCAAAAUAUAAACAAUAUGGUUAUAUACCUUUCUCAGGAAGUCUUAUAUCUGUGUAUGCUCAUUCACAUUGCAGCAGAACUGUUGAAUAUUCUGCUAAUGACUACAGUAUCAGUCUUGUUGCUAAAGAAAUGGGCAAACAUGACGAUUAUAUUAAAUAUAGAAAGAGAGCAAGAAGUUGGGAGAAUCUAUGGUAUCCUAAUAAGACUUUUGAGAGUGUAAAAGGAUUUAUCAUACCGAGAUAUGAGAAUGGUGACUUUUAUACUGACAUAAACGUUUUAAUAGAACGAGGCGGUGAGUACGUAUUCUAUGAAGGUUCUUCAUGGGAAUAUAGUUUGGAUAUACCGUUUGAUGUAAAAAGGUUAAUUGAAUUAUCCGGUGGCCCAAAAGAAUUUGAAAGCCGUCUCGACAAAACAUUUGCUGAUAAAUCUUAUCAAAGUGGUUAUUAUAAUAUAGGAAAUGAACCUGAUUUUUUUCAUAUUUGCUUGUAUCAUUUUAUUGGAAAGCAAUAUAAAAGUGUUGAGGUUAUAAGAGAUAUUUUAAAAACUAAAUUUGGAAGUGGGCAGGAUGGAAUUCCAGGCAAUGAUGAUUCAGGAGCGAUGGGAAGUUGGUUUGUCUUUAAUGCAAUUGGGUUAUAUCCAUUGGCUGGCACGGAUAUAUAUUUAAUAAACUCACCACAUUUUGAAAAAGUAACAAUAAACCUCUCACCAAAAAUAAAGUUCACAAUUAUAGCUUAUGACUUGAGAAAUGAAGAUCACAUAAAUCCAUAUGUUCAGAGCGUAAAGAUUAAUGGUAAAUAUUGGAGAAAAACAUGGUUUAGACAUUCAGAUAUUGCAAAUGGUGCAGUUAUGGUAUUAAAUAUGGGUUCAAAACCGAGUAAAGUUUGGGGUGUUAUUGGAAAAAAUGAUGAUAAAAUUGAUAUAGAAGAUAGGGUUGUGCCUCCUAGCAUGAGUGAUUUUGAUAUAUAA